CACUAGAAACAUCUAUAUAAAUAGCUUGUUUUGGUUUCUUGAUGCCAAACCAUCCAAACAUUAUUACACAAAAAAAAUACAGUUAAGUAAAGAUUAUUCUUUUUGCUUUCCAUGCAUAUGGAAUCCUCAUUAUUCUCUAUUGAAACUCUGGUUAAGAAGAUCAAAGAAGAGAUGUUCACAAACUUUGAUCUUUACUCAUUUGUUUCCAAAUCUGCUUAUGACACAGCAUGGUUAGCCAUGAUUCCAAGCACUCAACACUGUGAUCAUCCCAUGUUUAAGGGUUGCUUGGAUUGGAUACUAAACAACCAGAAAGAAGAAGGGUUUUGGGGAGAGCUCGAUAGCAAUGGUGUUCCCACUAUUGAUAGCCUUCCUGCAACACUUGCUUGCAUGGUUGCACUGAAAAUGUGGAAUGUUGGAGAUACAAAUAUAACGAAAGGGUUGGCAUUUGUUCAUGAAAAUGCAGAGAUGCUUCUUAGAGAAAUACAACACAAUCUUCCUCGUUGGUUUGCUAUUGUUUUUCCAGCAAUGGUGGAACUUGCCCAAGAAACAGGUUUUGAUGUUGCUGACAAUCUAAAUGGAGUAUUGUCCCAUGUCUUCUACAAGAGGCAACAAAUUCUUAAAAUGGACGGGCUUGUAGAUAAUUAUCACUAUCGUCCAUUAUUGUCAUAUCUAGAGGCAUUGCCAUCAACAAGUGAUAUUGAUCGGCAAGUAAUUGUGAAGCAGUUGAGCGAAGAUGGCUCUUUAUUCCAAUCACCCUCUGCCACAGCUUAUGCAUUUGUGGCUACAAAAGAUAGAAAGUGCAAGGAGUACCUACAAUCUCUUGUUCGAAGAUGUCCUCAUGGAGUUCCACCAAUGUAUCCCAUGGAUGAAGAGAUCGUAAAGCUUUGCUUGGUAAAUCAAAUAUUAGUGUUAGGAUUGGCCGAGUAUUUUAAGGAAGAGAUUGAAGAUAUUCUUUCAAAUGUUUUUAGGUCUUACAAGAAGCAAGGGUUACAAGGGACUAAUCUUAAUUUCAUACCAGCAAAGAUAUACAAAGAUUCUUUAGCAUUUCGGCUCUUACGGAUGCAUGGGUAUAAUGUAACUCCAU